GCUCGAGCGACGACCUGAUCAUAGAGAAGCUUGAGGAAACUUCCGCUUCCGGCCACCCGAGGAGCCUCGCGGUUGCAGGUAGGCACCUCGCGCUCGCAGGCCGUCACCCGUCCGCCUCCCUUAAGGGUUGCGCAGGCUCUGCCCUUUAGUCGGAAACGUUUCCCUCCCCCCACCCUCCACACCAGCGCCGACGCAGUGUUGAGCCCAUAGCUGCCGGACAAAGAGUGACGUCCAGAGCCGGAGUCAUGGCGGCAACGGAGGAGAGCUUGGUGGCCACUGGGGCGUCUGGGAGCCCCGCAGCGCCGCCGGAGAAACGGGAUGGAGCCGGCCCGAGCUCGGACCUGGAACGUAGCUCCGCAGGUUCCUUUUCGAUUCCAGAGGCCUCACCGCCCGCCCCCAAAUCCUCCAGCCCCAACGCCGUCCCCAAGGCGAUCCCUACGCCUCCCGUGGCAGCUUCCGCAGCCCCGGAGCUGCCCCUCGGGCCCACGCCCCUGGGCUCUGCGCCCCUGGCCGACGCCGCUCCGCGCUCGCCCCCAAGCCCCGGAUACUCCAGACCCGGGCCCGAGACGUUCCGCCAGCGCUUCCGGCAGUUCCGAUACCAGGACGCGGCGGGCCCGCGGGAGGCGUUCCGACAGCUGCGGGAGCUUUCCCGCCAGUGGCUGCGGCCCGACAUCCGCACCAAGGAGCAGAUCGUGGAGAUGCUAGUGCAGGAGCAGCUGCACGCCAUCCUGCCCGAGGCAGCACGGGCCCGGCGGCGGGGCCGCCGCACCGAUGUGCGCAUCACGGGCUGAGUG